UUGAUCUAUAAAUUAGAAAGCUCACACAAAGCGCACAGAAAAACAGGCAUCCUGAAGAAAAUUCUCAGCAUGGGUGUCCAGGCUGUGCUCGUCGUCGUCCUCCUCGGCAUUGCUACCACGAUGGCUGAGGAGCCUCAAGGGGAAGUAGAAAUCUGGAGGAACCAAGUCAAACUGACCUGUCCAAAAGAGGGGAAGUGGAUUGACAGAAAUGGACCAAUUGCAGAUAGCAGCGCAAACGAAACCUAUACAUUUUCAUAUACGAGUAAAGGCCAAUACAGAUGUGAAUACGACUCGUUAAAGAAAUAUCGUUUCUAUGUUGAAGGAAAUGUGUGUGAGAACUGCUUUGAGCUCGAUGGAAACACAUUAUUUAUGGUCAUCGUCGGGGACUUACUCCUGACAAUAAUUAUGAUGGUCAUAGUCUACAGGUGCUCUAAGAAGAAAAGCCCAGCUGGUCCUCCUCAACCUUCCAAAGCACCUCCUCGCUCUGGAGGCCGAGGUCCACCUGUCCCAUCUCCUGACUAUGAGGACACUUACUCCACGGUGGUCAACAGGAUGGGAUAG